CUUGCCCACGUCUUGCCACUCUUAUAGGCCUGAAGAAGAGUCAAGCCCGCUGCCUUCAUCCCCCAUGGCGAACGACCCAAGUAGCCUGAUUUUCGUGUAUUACUGCUCGGGCCAUGGUUACGGACAUGCCACCCGCGUUUCUGCCUUUGCAUCCCACUUGUUACGCCUUGAACCGAGGCCUACCAUUCAUAUCGUAUCUUCUGCUCCAAAGCAUGUAUUCUCUGACAGUGUAGCCCUAGGAGCAUUGUAUCGAAACGCAAACAUAGAUCCCGUAAUCGUGCAGCCACUUGCAUACCGUGUAGACCGACAGAAGAGCGUAAAAGUACUACAGAAAUUCCUCACGGAAAAGGAAUACAAGGUCGCUGAAGAGUCACAAUGGCUUCGGUCAAUCAAGGCCGACUGCGUCUUGAGCGACGCCGCCUUCCUUGGCUGCCUUGCCGCCAAUGAUGCUGGCAUCCCUUCCGUGUUGAUCACCAACUUUUCGUUCGACUCAGUGUAUAGUUAUCUCUCUACACCCUUCAUCGACGAAGUACCAGAACCCGACGUCACUCUAGACGCCCUGCAACCACACGUCAAACCGCAACCAAAGCUUGAGCCAGACGUCCCCAUUCCUCUGGCCGAACUAGCACCACUGGUCAAACAGAUACACGAUGGAUACCGUUGCGCAGACCUACUCCUCCGACUCCCCGGAACGAUACCCCUGCCUUCGUUCGCCGUUCAGCCAGGUCUCCCUUCCCAGGACUGGAUUGACAUCAAAUCUCGCGCAUUCAAGCCGUUCGUUGUUAAGCACCUCACUCAAUCGCCCUCGACGUACGAGCUGCAGCCGCAAAUUCCGUUCCCUCCUUCAUAUCAACCCAAGCCGCUCCCUCGCGAAGUCCGCAACGCGCCGUUGUUGGUGCGCUCUACGGACCCCGAGGUAUACACGCCGGAGGGGCGAAGCAGACUACUCACCUCGAUCGGCGUACCUCCGCAUCUGCACGACCCCGAGCAGACCAAGAUCCUCAUCGUUUCCUUCGGUGGGCAAGUCUUCCACAAGCCGCACAGCCGGUCACACAGUCGCACCCCGUCGAAGUCUGCGACGCCGAACGGCGUACUUCCAGGCUUCCAACGGUCUCCAGACGGAUCCAUGCACCCCGCGGACCAUCCCCCGCCUCUUGCGGACACGCAGGAUGCGGUGGUCGACUCGGGACAGUAUGCGCAGGCGCUCAGCGAUGCGCUGAAGAACGCCGCUCUGAAUCGCCCCGACCCGUCAUCGAAUGCCGUACAAGAGCAGAACCCUCUCCGUGCGCUCCCUGCACACCUCACGCUCGACCCCGACCAUGUGCACACACGCCCGCGCGGCCACUCGCAGUUGCGACUAGCGGGCGCGCCGCCUGCCGCGGUGCCCGCGCCCACGUCGCCGCGCAUCUCUUCGCAGAUGCCUGCCUUCGUGACCAUCCCGCCAACUCCUCUCCUCCUUAAUGGAUCUGAUUCCCCAGACUACAGCUGGGGCAUUGCGGGAGCGGGACCGCCAGGGGUGGACGCGACGGCGCUCGAGGCUGAGGCUGAACCACGGAUCCUUCCCGACGCGUCAUGGAUUGCGAUCGUAUGCGGGGUGUCGAAGGAUUGGGGGCGGGAGGACGGGGAGGAGCUCCCGGAGAACUUCUUCGUCGCGCCGCGGGACGUGUACAUGCCGGACUUGACCGCUGUCGCGGACGUCCUGCUCGGCAAACUGGGAUACGGCACCGUAUCAGAAUGCGUCGAUGCAUGCACGCCAUUCGUCUACGUCCCGCGGCCGCUCUUCAUCGAGGAGCACGGACUGCGGCUCUUCCUGUCUAGCGCGGGCGUCGGCCGCGAGCUCGCGCGCACGCAGUACGAGCAGGGUGAGUGGGCCGACGCGGUCGACGCGGCAUGGCGUGCAGGGCGCGCGAAGAAGGCGGCGAAGCGGCGCGCGGGCGAGACGGGGACGCGCAGGAAGGAGGGCGCGGAGAUGGCGAGGGGCGUCGUGGAGUGGGUCGCGCGGUGGAAGGAGGGUGUUGCUAGGGGUCCGGGCGUGGGCGUGAAUGCUGGGCGGGUGAGGAGUAGCGAUGGGAUGGGGGCGCUGUGUUGAGCGGGCGUGAACUUGAAGGUGUCGGCGCAGUGGGCAAGUCGGACUUGACGCACAUUGCUGGAGACCCUUGCUCCGG